GGCCCGGCCCUCCCCUCCCCUCCCGGGGCUGAGCCCGAGCCCGAGUCGAGGCCUCGCUGCCCUUCCCGCCCCCGCCCACCCGCCCGCCAUGUCGACCCUGAGGAGAGCGGGACCCAGGAAAGUCGAGGACAGAAACCAGGACGGCGACCAGACCGGCAUGAUAAAGAACAAAUCCAAGCGAGCAACCUGGCAGAAGUGGUUCACAGUUGCAGUAUCAGUUACACUAUCUGUUGUUAGUACGGUUGUACUCUGGGACUAUCUGCAGGAGGAUGACUUCAAAGAAGUGUUUGCUCGACAGACAGAUAUCUUGGAAGGAAAGUUUUUCGAAGUACCAUGUUCCAAAGAUUAUGAAAGUUACAAACGAUUUGCAGGUUGUACUCCAACAAAAUGCGGCAGAGCGGUGCAAGACACAGUGGUUAAUCGAGAGGUAGCUUUGAAGAUGCUACGCAUAGCAAAGAGAGGCCUAUCGCUGGGUGGCUCGGAUGGUGGGGCCUCCAUUCUUGAUCUACACUCGGGUGCUCUCUCCAUGGGGAAACAGUUUGUCAAUAUCUAUAGGUACUUCGGCGAUCAAAUAAAUGAUUUAUUUGACGAGGAAGACUUUGCAUUAUACAGCAAUGUGAGGUGGCGGAUUCAGAAGGAAAUUGCUGAAGCAUUUGGGAUCGACAUAACUCGCUUGCACCUCACAAAGCCCACAUUUUUCUCAAGGAUGAACAAUACAGAAGCCAAGACAAUGCAUGAUGAAUAUUGGCACCCGCACAUUGAUAAGGUGACAUAUGGAUCAUUUGACUACACUUCAUUACUUUACUUGUCUGACUACAAGAUUGAUUUUGGAGGUGGAAAAUUUGUGUUCGUUGAUGAGCUUGUUAACAGAACUGUUGAGCCGCGAAUAGGUCGAGUUUCGUUCUUCACAUCUGGCUCCGAAAAUCUUCACUAUGUGGAAAAGGUAUCAUGGGGCACACGGUACGCCAUUACAGUGUCCUUCACAUGUGAUCCUGUCCAUGCCAUUCAAGACCCUUCGUUACCAUGAACUGGUUGACAGCCUGAAUAGUUAAGGGUUGAAGAGCAUCUUAUUCCUGGAAAGUAUUUCAUGAAAACACAGCCAUUAAUCACUUACACAUUUUAACAAGUAGAAACAAAGAACUGCAGAUGAGGUUUUAUACCAAAGAUCGAAACAUGGCUGGAGUAACUCAGCGGGUCAGGCAGCAUCUCUGGGGGAAAAAAGGAUUACGUCACGUUUUGGGUCAGGACCUUUCUUUGGAUUGACCCAAAACACCACAUCCUUUUUAUCCAGAGAUGCAGCCUGACCCGCGAAGUUACUCCAACCCUUUUUGUCAUUACAUUUUAACUAAGUUAGAUCAUCCCCAAGAUUUAUGUGUUUGUAGGUCAAUUGGCUUCUGUAAAUUGCCCCUAAUGUGUAGGGAGUAGAUGUCCAAAGUGGGAUAACUUAGAACUUGUGUGAAUAGGUGAUCGAUGGCCAGCGUAGACUCGGUGGGCCGAAGGGCCUGAUUCCAUGCUGUCUCUCUACUAAACUAAUUAUACAAUGAUUGUACGUAAAUAAAAGAAGAGGGGGUAAUACAGUAUUAAUAAUCAAUUGGGUUCUGCGUCUCAUAUCAGUAUUUCAAGAACAGUAAUUUUAAAGGUGUAUGAUUUUGCUAAAAUACUGAAUAUACUGUUAAAGUUAAGAGUUAAUGACCAUAAGGACUGAUUGGUGAACAUUAGAUAUUUUUGUUUAGUUGAUAAAAUAUUGAACAAUUAUUUGAUUUGGUAUUUGAAAUUAUUAAAAGGCUGGUCAAAGUGGUUCACUGACUGAUGAAAUACUCAGGUUAUUCAUUGAUUGACCAUAUAGUUAUUAAGUCAUUUUUUAGCACUGAGGGAGAUUCUAAGAGAGGAUUGAUGGCACAAGUAACAAAACAGCGGCCUAAAAGCAAAAAAAAACUGCAAAUGCUGUAAAUCUGAAAUAAAAAUGAUUAUCCAGAGGAUCUUGACAUGGAUCGAAUACUGAUGAUUAUUAGAAUCUCAGUUUGGACAUAAUUUAUCACUAGUCUUUUCUCUUUUCAUUGAAGUCUACAUGUAUUAGAUAUAAAACCUUUUGCUUUCACACAAUAAGAAAUAUAUAACAUUUUUCACACAUUUCUUUGUUUCAAAAUGAUUUCUGGUCAGCACCAUUCGAUUAAGGAGCCUUUAAGACAUUAUCAACCUCUGGCCAUGAUUGUACGCAAAUAGAUUUGAUAAGAAUAUCUAGGUAAAUAAAUGAUGUUUGUUGUGGGU